UUGCUAAUGGUUCUUUCCAGUAAUGGUAGCAUCAGCGUGGUGAAGGUGAAGGCAGCGUGUAUAAACAACGGAGAAGGAGUGAGCACUUAAACGGUUACAUGUUGUAACAGCUACCCGUGAAUCGAGAUUUGAAGACCUUUUCGCUUGACCCGUCGGAAAACAGGAGAGACUCUAUAACACAAUGCCCCAUCGAAAGAAGAAGGCAUUUAUUGACAAGAAGAAGGCUGUGACCUUUCACCUCGUCCACAGGAGUCAAAAGGACCCUCUGGCUGCAGAUGAGAAAGCGCCACAGCAUGUCCUCUUGCCUGCCACAAAGGUGGAAACGGAGAAGAGGCGUGAGGAGCAGCGGAAAUUUGGCGUAUUCUUUGAUGAUGAUUAUAACUACCUUCAGCACCUGAAGGAGGCGUCGGGCCCAUCUGAGCUGGUGUACUCUGACAGACAGCCUCUUUCCCUCCAAGGUGAAGAGGAGGAGAAUGAGGGGGGAAAAACCGUGCACAAGGACAAUCCUGCCGCCUCCAUCAACCUGCCUUCUUCAGUGUUCGCCUCAGAGUUCGAAGAGAAGGUGGGACUUUUGAACAAAGCUGCUCCCAUUUCAGGACCCCGGCUCGACAUGGAUCCGGACAUUGUAGCUGCGCUCGACGAUGACUUUGAUUUUGAGAACCCCAACAACAUCCUGGAUGAUGAUUUCAUCAUCAGAGCAAACAGUGGGACUGGAGCUGUGGAAGGAGACGGUCACGAUGAUGAUGACGAGUGGGAGGACACAGAUGAGGAAGGCGACUUUGACUCUGAAGGCGGUUUUUCCAGCAACGAGGACGCGGAAGGGGACGGCCGAGGUCGAGAGUUUCUGUUCAUGGACGAGGAGACGAAGAGUCGCUUCACUGAGUACUCGCUGACUUCGUCUGUGAUGAGGAGGAACGAGCAGCUCACCCUGCUGGACGACCGCUUUGAAAAGUUUUAUGAACAAUUUGAUGAUGUUGAGAUCGGUCCGCUGGACAACGCUGAGCUGGAAGGGUUCAUCGAACCAGACAGUGUUCGUCUGGAUGAAGUCCUCAAAGACUACUUCAAACAGAAAGAGAAGGAGUUUCUGAGGCCGGACGAUUUAGGUCCCAAAGAGCUUCCUGUUGUGAGGGAGGAGGAGGAAGAUGAGGAUGAAGAAGAAGAGAUGGAAACCGUUGUUGUUGAAGCUCCAGAAGAGAAGUGGGACUGUGAAACAAUCAUCAGUACAUACUCCAACAUGUAUAACAGACCCAAAGUCAUCGAAGAACCUCAAAAGCCAAAGCCGAUCCGUGUUUCCAGUAAGACGGGCAUCCCUCUGGAUGUGCUCCCAGCCAGAGGCCUCACAGCCAAGCAGGCAGAGCGCAUGACGAGAAUUAACGACACAGACCUGCCUCGUGUCUCCGCUCAGCCUCGAAGCAAAGAGGAGAGCAAAGGAGAGAGGAAGGCCAGGAAACAGGCUAUCAAGGAAGAACGUAAGGAAAGAAGAGUUGAAAAGAAAGCCAAUAAAAUGGCAUUCAAGGAGGAAAAAGCCCGACAGGAGAAGCAGAUGUUGAACCUGAGGACAAAUGUUCAAGGCCUGAAGCUUUAGCAGCUGCCUGCCAGGCCUGUGCCGACACUGACUUUUCAACUGGUCACAUGUUGCUCUUCACCUCAGUGGAGCUGCCAGAACAGGAAAUCAUGGCAAAUGAGAGGGCUGAGGGGAUGUUGGGAAGUAUUGGUUUCCCCAAAUCAUCCAAUUCAUUCAGGAAAGAGCAAAAAUUGAAUUUCAUCUCCAGUAAUCCGGCUCAGGAUAUCGUCCUGUCGAAGGAAUACUGAAGGACCGUCUGUCACGCUUCAGUCAUGCCUGUCAAAUAUGAAUUUUGCGCCUUUAUUAAAAAUACUUUAAUCCAG